UCCCCUCCCUUGGUGUGCUUCUGGUGUUUUGCUUUCCUUCCGUCUGUUUGGUGAGGCCGAACGUGGCUGUGGCGAGGACUUAAAAAAAAAAAAUAGCAAAGCAGAAAGAGAAAGCGAUCACUCCGACCCCUGGCUUCCGCGCCGCCGGGGAGGGGGCGGAGAAGCUGAGCCAGGCAGAGUCGCUCAGCACCCAGGCGACUCGCGAGUGGCGCGGAGCGGCCGGGCUCGCCUUUCUUCUUUCCCCACCGCCUCCUUUUCCCCCCUUCUCUCUUUUCUGCUGGAGGGGGUGGGGAGAGAGGAGAGAGAUAGAGAAAGGAAAAAAAAAUUUUUUUUCCGAAGCAUCCAAGCCAGUAAGCCAGCUUGCGGCGGCCCAUGGCUUCUCUGUACCAAAGGUUCACCGGCAAGAUCAACACCUCGCGCUCCUUUCCGGCGCCCCCGGAGGCCAGUCGCCUCCUGGGUGGCCAGGGGCCGGAGGAGGACGCGGGCCCGAAGCCCCUAGGGCCGCAGGCGCAGGCGGCGGCACCCCGGGAGCGCGGCUGUGCGGGUGGCCGGCCCCGGUUCCAGUACCAGGCGCGGAGCGACUGUGACGAGGAGGACGAGCUGGUGGGGAGCAACCCUCCGCAGAGAAACUGGAAAGGCAUCGCAAUCGCACUGCUCGUCAUCCUGGUCAUCUGCUCCUUGAUCGUCACCUCAGUCAUACUGCUGACACCAGCGGAAGAUACUAGUCUGUCUCAAAAGAAGAAGGUGACUGUGGAAGAUCUUUUCAGUGAAGACUUCAAAAUCCAUGACCCGGAGGCCAAGUGGAUAAGCGAUAAAGAAUUCAUCUACAGAGAGCGGAAAGGGAGCGUCAUACUGCGGAAUGUUGAAACAAAUAAUUCUACGGUGUUAAUAGAAGGCAAAAAAAUUGAAUCCUUAAGAGCCAUCAGAUAUGAAAUAUCCCCGGAUAAAGAGUAUGCGUUGUUUUCCUACAAUGUGGAACCGGUGUACCAACACUCCCACACUGGAUAUUACGUCCUGAGCAAAAUUCCUCACGGGGACCCUCAGAGUCUGGACCCACCAGAAGUCAGCAAUGCAAAGCUUCAGUAUGCGGGGUGGGGCCCGAAAGGCCAGCAGCUGAUAUUUAUCUUUGAGAACAACAUCUACUACUGCGCACAUGUUGGGAAGCAGGCAAUCCGAGUGGUCUCUACAGGGAAGGAGGGUGUGGUCUACAACGGCCUCAGUGACUGGCUGUAUGAAGAGGAGAUUCUGAAGAGCCACAUCGCUCAUUGGUGGUCACCGGAUGGCACGAGGCUCGCCUACGCCACCAUCAACGACUCUCGGGUUCCUCUUAUGGAACUGCCAACCUACACAGGCUCUGUCUACCCCACCGUGAAGCCCUAUCACUAUCCUAAGGCUGGCAGUGAAAACCCCAGCAUCUCCCUCCACGUCAUCGGCUUGAGCGGACCAACCCACGACCUGGAGAUGAUACCACCUGAUGACCCUCGCAUGAGGGAGUAUUACAUCACCAUGGUGAAGUGGGCCACCAGCACCAAGGUUGCGGUGACCUGGCUGAACCGGGCCCAGAAUGUGUCCAUCCUGACCCUCUGUGAUGCCACCACAGGUGUCUGCACUAAGAAACACGAGGAUGAAAGCGAAGCUUGGCUCCACAGACAGAAUGAGGAGCCCGUGUUCUCCAAGGAUGGCCGGAAGUUUUUCUUUGUCAGAGCGAUCCCACAAGGGGGACGGGGGAAAUUCUACCAUAUCACCGUGUCAUCAUCCCAGCCCAACAGCAGCAAUGACAACAUCCAGUCCAUCACCUCUGGGGACUGGGAUGUGACCAAGAUCCUGUCCUAUGAUGAGAAGCGGAAUAAGAUCUAUUUCCUGAGCACAGAGGACCUGCCACGAAGACGACAACUUUACAGUGCCAACACAGUCGAUGACUUCAACAGGCAGUGUCUGUCCUGCGACCUAGUAGAGAACUGCACCUACUUCAGUGCCUCCUUCAGCCACAACAUGGACUUCUUCCUGCUCAAGUGUGAAGGCCCUGGUGUACCCACUGUGACUGUGCACAACACCACGGAUAAGAGAAAAAUUUUUGACUUGGAAGCAAAUGAGCAUGUGCAGAAGGCCAUCAACGAUCGGCAGAUGCCUAAGAUUGAGUACCGGAAAAUCGAGGUAGAAGAUUACAACUUGCCAAUGCAGAUCCUGAAGCCGGCCACCUUCACUGACACAGCCCACUACCCCUUAUUGCUGGUGGUGGACGGUACCCCAGGGAGUCAGAGCGUGUCAGAGAGGUUUGAGGUGACCUGGGAAACAGUGUUGGUGAGCAGCCAUGGAGCAGUGGUGGUCAAGUGUGAUGGCCGAGGCAGCGGCUUCCAGGGAACCAAGCUCCUGCAUGAAGUCCGGAGGCGGCUGGGCUUCCUGGAGGAGAAGGACCAGAUGGAAGCUGUGAGGACCAUGCUGAAGGAACAGUACAUUGACAAGACACGGGUGGCUGUGUUUGGGAAGGAUUAUGGUGGUUACCUGAGCACUUACAUCCUCCCAGCCAAGGGAGAGAAUCAAGGUCAAACGUUCACCUGCGGCUCAGCGCUGUCGCCAAUAACAGACUUCAAACUCUAUGCCUCCGCAUUUUCCGAGCGGUACCUUGGCCUCCAUGGACUCGACAACAGAGCGUAUGAGAUGACCAAGCUGGCACACCGUGUGUCGGCCCUGGAGGACCAGCAGUUCCUGAUCAUCCAUGCCACAGCUGAUGAAAAAAUCCACUUCCAGCACACAGCUGAGCUCAUCACGCAGCUGAUCAAGGGGAAGGCUAAUUACAGCUUACAGAUCUACCCAGAUGAAAGCCACUACUUCCACAGCGUGGCUCUCAAGCAACAUCUGUACCGGUCCAUCAUCAACUUCUUCGUGGAAUGUUUCAGGAUCCAGGACAAGCUACCAACAGCCACAGCAAAAGAGGAGGAGGAGGAGGACUAACCACGCUUGAGACCUAAGCACAGACAUGGCUCUUUCUACAACAAUAUGCAACUGAAGAAUCCUCCCCGCCGCCACCCUCUCUCCAAGGGCGGUGGAAGUGGAGGUGUCGACGUUCCAUAGCAUGUGUCUCAAUUCUGAAGGCCAUUCGGUGGGGGCAGCAAGCUCCAGGUGGAAACAAGUCACCACAUAGCCUGGAACAACCCCACCUCAGCAGCAUUGCCUCUUCCUGGCCCCCAAUGACUGGCACAUCCCAUGUCCCUCCCCCAAGGGGACAAAGUGAAGGACAGAUGACAGUGAGGGCACACUUUGAGCCCGAGAAAACCGGCCCUUAAGUUCAAGCUUUCUCUCUGUAACAUUCACGCACUGCGUUCAUGUUCUCAACCGUGAGUCCUGUCUGGCUUCCUGUCUGACAGAGCUGUGCCCUGGGAACAGGACAGCAUGGUUGUCUCCGCAGUGUUCACACGCGCCUGGCCCCUCUCUGUGGUUAAAAGAGCCCCCACUGUCCCUUUCUGCACCCAGAAAACAGGUCUUUUAUGUACAAAGUAAGACUAUAGCUCUGCCCAUGGUUAACCUUGUAGAAUUACUUUGUAUUUUUCUAUGGUUUUAACUGGACACCCCACUGUCUCUGCCCCCCCCCGGACUGUCUCACUCUGAGUAUUCUUUCUCUCCUUUUUGUUGCUUUGCUAUGCUUUCCAUGUUGCACUUGUUUGGGUCAAGAGAUCAUUCUGGAACACCUGCUGUCUCUGUUGGACUUGGUGGAGGUUUUGCAGACACCAAGGACACAGAGCACCCAGCAGCCCUCACUAAAAGUUCAUCAGUGAAACCUUCUUUCCCCCAAGCGGCGCUAGGACUUGCCUGUGGAUCCACCAUCCAUCACAUGUGUCCUUAAAACUACUCCUCUUCCCCCCAACCCCCACCCUGAUCAGUCAUCCGGUCUUUUCAGGUGACAUUUGGUUAAAAAUCACAAGACAGAACACUGGUUCCACUCUUAGGUCUGCUGAGUAAGCCUGACCGGGUCAUCACCAGCCCCAAGGCUGGCUCCUCCCUCCUGCUGACAGUGCUGUCGGGGAGCCCCACCCCACCUCAGCAGCCUUGUAAGAUACACACUGACCAGAUGUGUGGCCACUGUCUCCCGUGUAUAUUUCAUUUCAUUGUAUAUAAAGCAAGAAGUGUGUGUCUGGCCUUGUGCAGUCCCCUCCCCCUCCACGGCGCUAACCUUGUGUUGAGCUUGCAUGCAGACACCUCUGGCUGAUCUGGCCUCUCCAGAAGUGCUCGUUUGAAAUAUAUCAAUUGCCAUCAUUUCCUUUCAGGACUGUUGACAACCUAUAUGUCGGUACUAAUCACCCCAGUUUCCACUCCUGCUGGGGUGUCCUAAAACCUUGUCCUCAGAGAUGUGUCCAUGUUGAUUUUUUUUUAAAUGUUUGGGGGCUUUGGUUCUGUCCACACAAGCUUGGAGCAUUGGUUCUUGUUAGGUCUGUUGGAAGAGUUGCAUCCUGGGGUUUUCCAUAGGUGAUGCAUCACCACUGGUGAGAAGGGACCUCAUGCUGACAGACAGAACAUGCUUUCACUAUUUCAACAGGCUUGGCUGGCAGCAAAGCCCAGGAGGUCUGAAAGGGGGAGCCAACUCUGGCUGCAAGAACAGGUCGGAGGGCCGCGGGGAUGUGGCAUGGUAGCAUUUGUCAUCCAUGGAAUAAAACAUUAUUUUACCACUCA